AUGAUCCUACAAACUGUUGUGUUGUUAUGGUUACUUGUAUCGCUGGAAGGAAGGCAAAAACUACUGGAACCUAAAAAAGCUGCGUCAGAAGUUGAUUCUGGACCAAAUGAUGAAAUUUGCAAAGCACUCAAUUACAAUCUUACUGUAAUAAUCGAUGGAUGUAUACCAGUGGUUAUGCCAAAUAAGAUAUGCUACGGAUCUUGCCAAUGCAUUUCAACGCAUACGCGCUAUUUAAGUUGUCGUCAAUGUUGGCCAAAAGAUUUCGAAUUUGUGCGUGUCAGAAUGAGAUGCCCAGGAAGACGAAAAAAAAGGAAAACUACAAAAGUACUGAAAAUAAUUUCCUGUCGAUGUCAAGCUAGUGUUAUGACUGGAAAAUAG